UCCCCACCUCCCUCCAGAAGAGCUGAAGAAGUCUCAAGCUCGAAGCAAGAGAGCAAAGGCUCAGAAGACACCAUCUCCUCUUGGAUGGAUCUCUGAACAUCUCCACCACCAAGAGGGGCAGCCCCUCAUCCCCUGAGGCCAAAAUGGCUCAGGACAUGACAGAGAAGGAGCUGCUGAAGAUGGAGCUGGAUCAGCUGAAGAAGGAGGUGAAGAAUGAGAGGCAGAUGGUCUCCAAGACAGCCAAAGAGCUCAAGGACUACAUCGAGUCCAUGGCAGGUGAGGACCCACUGCUGAAAGGAGUCCCUGAGGACAAGAACCCCUUUAAGGAGAAGGGUGGCUGUACAAUAAGCUGACACCCUCCUGUUGUCACCACUGGGCACAGGGAAUUCUCCCACCUGCAAGCCAAGACUGUCAGAACCUCCUUUCCCUGUAGUCUGACCUCAUCACAGGGGAGUCCAGAAC